GGUAGUGGGUUUUGGUACUGUCAAUAGUGCUUAGUGGUGCAGAGUCCAUCGAGGUGUUCCAGUAACCUGUAUAUUCUUUCCCUGAUUCUGUGUUUCGCGUCCCGGCAGAGGGCAGAUCAGGGUAGACUGGUGUCCCGUUACCAGUUACCCGAGUAUAGGUCGUAAGAUGCGGUUCAAGUCUCCGGUAUGUGACAGUUGUGUGUGGCUCGGCGUCCCGUUACUAAUCAUUCCAAGUAGAGAGUAGUUGAUUGUUGUGGUAUGAGGCUGGGCGAAAGACGGUGCGGCUGGGUGGUAGGUGCCCCGAUGACGUACAGGUGAGUGCCAGAUGUCGCCGGGUGGUGCUACAGGGGCUGAUGGGGCGCCGGGGGGUGUGCGGGGCCAUCACUCCAUUCCCUUUAAACCCCGGCAGCGUGCAGAGUCCGUGCGUGGCAGCGUCCUGCCCAAAAAUCAAUGGUGUGUUUGUGGUGUGCUGGGCGUGUGUCCCGGGCCCGUGCGAGUUGUAGGGGCGGCGGAGGGUGCUGUGUAUGGCGUGUGCUGUGCAGCGUGUGGUGGCGCUGCAGCUGCCGAGGAUCUGCGCAGGAGUGGUGGCCGAAGGGGUCCUGAAGGAGUGUUGCAGGCUGAUCGGCACCCCAACCUUCCUCUGGCAGCCUCGACUCGGCCCGGCACCCCCCUCCUCCGCCCCUCCCGCCACUGCUCAUCGCCUUCACCGGCCGCCCCGUCGUCCUCGCCUUCCAGCCUUCUGACGGAAUAGUGUGUGUUGGGCGCCGCCCCUGCCCUGGAAAAUCAACAGUCGCCAUGGUGAGAAUGAUAGGAGCCAUGCCCGCCGUGGCCGUGCGGCAGCAGCGGAAACACGUGAAACAUGAGGACCACUCCAAGCACCGGCCCACCACGCUCACCAUAGACGCCAGCACACCCUACGCAGCCAAGGCCAGGCCGCCGGGCACCAACAAGGCGAAAACCCCCGGGGCGAGGAGGGGCCUCCCCACCCCCCUGAGGAGUCCCCGCGGCUCCCCUAGGGCUUCCCCAGUGGCCAGUCCUGUCGCCUCUCCAAAGCCGUCGCCGGUGACGUCUCCGAGGGCACAGCCUAAGCAGGUCUCCACGACGGGUUGUGCGUACAGGUGUGUGCACGGCUACCUGUGCGGGCGAGUGUCGCUGCUGCACGUGUCGGUGGUGUGCGUGCUGCUGGGCAUCACCCUCCUCGUGGUGGGCCUCGUGCAGCUGGCGCCGGGGGCAGCAGUGGUGGUGGUGGGGUCUGACAGCAAUGGGUUCCCGGCAGGCUCGGUGGUCAACAAGUAUGCCAUCAUCGGAGCGGGCACGGGCUUCCUCGGGCUGGGCUUCCUGCUGCUUAUAAUCCUCUGUGCCUGCCAAAAGAACACCCACCGACGCCGACGCCCGCCCCCGCAUCUUGUCCAGCCGAGGGGAAGGGGCCGAAAGAAGGGCAAAAGAAAGGCCGAUAACGUGUACGCCAUGGAUUGCGUGAGGUCCCUCAGCAUAGCAGCCCAGACCCAGCAGAUUCAGAAAAAUAGGACAGGCAGCGGCAGGAGUGGGAAGGGCCAGCAAGCUAAGGGGCACACCAGGCAGAUGCAGGUACAGACAGUAGAGCGCGGAAGGGUGACUGGAGGGGGAGAAGGUGGUGGAGGUAGUGGUGGAGGAGAAGGGGGAGGAGAAGGAGGUGGUGGAGACCUUCAGCUGCAAGACCAGGAGACUCAACAACCCGGGGGCAUCAUCGACAAGGAGGCCAGCCUGGAGGGAUUCGUCAAGAGUCCAUCAGAGAGCGACGCCCUGCUGCAGUCCUGCUCACACCACUAGUAAUGGAGAGAUGAGGGCUUCGUGAGGUUUCUGGGCCACAAUCCCCCCCCCCCACCGCCACCCCUGAGCCCUAAGCCUCAGGCUACAUCUGCGGCGGCACCACGACCGCUGAGUUCGGAGAAGCAGCGACGAGACUUGUUGAGCGUGGAGGCUGCACGGGGGCCGAGCGGCGUGGCCGGAACGCUCAGUCGGGAGUUCAAUCUUAACAUAGCCAAACGUUACCUGAUUCAUAGUUUCAGAUAGAACUUGAUCAAUCAAAGAUUACGGUGAAAAUAUUCUGUGUAGGUGUAAUGAAAUAAUGAAGACAUGGUGGAUUUUUUUUUUUUUAUCAGAUUAAUCGGUAGAAGAAAAUCGGGACAUAAACUAAAAUUUAAAUGACCUAAGUUGGUCAGCGAACAGUUCUGUUAAUGCUGAGAAAACUCACAACACUGGGAUGGGUUUUUUUUAUUAUUAUUUUUAGUAUUGUUGGUUAGCGGUUUGUGGUGAAAACUUCGUGUUCUAACAUACAUAUGCUGCAUGAAAAUGAAUGCUCUAAAUGUUUCUUCUAUAGCCUGAUACUUCAGAAGCAGACAUAUAUAAUUAUCUACAGAUGCAUGGAGAACUCUUGGGUCCUAUAAGAACUCGGAAAGUUGACCGUGGAACGGGAUCGGUUGUGUUGUAACAGUGGGUGAUACCACUCUGUGAUGCCGGAAGGUGUUGCUGACAACGCGGAACUGUCGGUGGAAUGUGUGUAUGAGAGUGUGUGUGUAGGGGAAUGCUGUCAGGCAAACGAAAGAAAGGGUCUGCGAGAACUCCACGAAGACACCGCGUGCUGCGUCUUGGUGCCGAGGCAUGAAGGUUUUCAUUAACAAGUUCACUUAUUGGCGAAUAGGUGACUGAGAAAGUUGAGACUCAGUGCGUUUGUAAAAUCUCUUUUUCCACUUUUCACUAAAUAAACACUGCUAUUUGAUAUUUACUGCAGCGUGCUGUGUUGCGUCUAGUUGAUGUAGUGGGGCGGAAGCGGCGGUGAUCAGCGAGGCGUCCUUAGUUGAGUGCGUCGCAGGACAACUUCAGUGGUUGUCUGAACAGUGUGGGUUUGCUGGGCAUGGUUUGAGCUUGCUAAAUGUGCUGCGUGUUGUCCGCAUUCUACAUUUUUAUCUCUUGCAUGUCAGUCUCUCUUCUCUUUGGGGUAUACUACAGACUGGAGUGUAAUGUAAAGCGACUCUACCCGCCAAGACGUGUUGUAACGCAGUGCACAGUGGACGGCCGCCCCCCGCCGCUCGCACCCCACUGCACCAGCCUGGCGCGUCGCCCCUCCCGAGGCUGAGUUGGACUGGUGACGCAGUGUACUGUUAUAGUGGCUAUUCGAGCAUUGCAUUUAUACCCAGUUUCUACUGUUCCGGUCUGCCGUGCAGACUUUUAUUACAAACUAAUUUCAAAUAAUAUUUUUAUAUGCAGUUUGCAUAAACACACAAGAAACAUGUGCUUGUCAUUAACGCGUGUGGAAACAUACCUGGUCAGCACGAGCCGCAGGUGCCCCGGCCGACGCUCAAACCGCCGCGGAGUGAGAGCCUGCCUGCCACUCACCACUGAAGCUGACCUGCGGUGACAGCAGUGUGUCGGCUGCCAAACAAUGGUGGCGGCACAGCACUGCAGCUGUAGACCAUGGAGCCCUCGCAGGGCCUACACUAUCAGGGUCGUGGCGGCCCGGGUCCAGCGUACAGCAGCCGACGGCGUCUCCUCCGGGCCCUGGCACCCGGCGAGGCUGCACAGCAUCGCCACCUCACUCGUGAACCUCAGACACUCACGAGAACAUGAAGCUCCGCCACAUUUAUGUUUUAUAGGACUUUUGACGGAUGGCUGGGGCGCUGCUCCCUCGCCCCCCUCUGGCGCCGCCCUAGGGACACGCGGCGCAGUGACUUUUUGCUGGUCUGUACUUAUGACAUGCCGUUUUCAAUCCGCAUUAAUCGCGCAUAGAAUUUUAGAUUAAAGCACCACUCAAUCAUUCUCUAACUUCCAAAAAGAAAAGAUUCAAUACCAGCACAAAUAAAUCUGGAAUAAUUUAUAAGCUUUAUUCGUAAGUAGCACGAAAUAAGAUAAAUUUCUGCAAACAUUUGUUAGUGCUUCAUAACGAGAACCGCGAGCAGUGUUGUCAAGUAUGUGUCCAGUUGGUAUAGACACGCUUCUCCUCGUACGGGCGAACCUGCACCUUACACACCAAUACGCUGCCUUCCGCCUGCCCGUGAGGUGUGUGUGUGUGAAUGUGUAUGUAUGUGUGUGUGUGUGUGUGUGUGUGUGUUUAUGUACAUGCGGGAAGCUCGCCAGGACGCCGCUGAAGCCAUAGACGUCACAAAUUGCUUUUACUUUCAUAAAAAUCCCUUUUCGAUAAAAUGCUAAAUAAAGAAUUUACAUUUAUAUUGCGAAAAAAUGUAAAUCACACUCUGUAAUCCUUUUACCUAAGACCUAACAGUUGUAAUUCAUUAACGUGUAUCUGCAAACGUUCCGCUAUUAAUUACUAACAUUAAAUCAUUAUACUCAGUAUUGAAUAUUCAAUAAAAUUUAAUUUGACAUUCUUACCACAAUUGUAUUUUUUCCGAGUGUCUUGUUCUUCUAUAUUAUUUUUGUUGUUAGCCUCCCAGUGAACUAACGAGGAAGUAUAAGUGUACCGGGUAAGAGAGAGAGAGAGAGAUUGCAGCUGCAUAAUUGUCAAGAUUGCAGGUGUUGUAAUUAUGAGCAAAAAUUUAUUAGUACUAUGUGUUUGUGUGUGUGUAUGUGUGUGUGUGUGUGUGUGUGUGUGUGUGUGUGUGUGUGUGUGUGUGUGUGUGUGUGUGUGUGUGUUUAAUCUGCUUGCAGGUGUUCUGAUACACAGAAUGUCACGCUUUUUAUAUAACAUAUUAAUCAUUAUUUUAAGGGUGUUGCUAUCGAGAGUAACGCAGACGUUUGUAUACUCACUGUUGCUACUGCUGAAAUCUUUACAAACAUUUUUUUUUAUUAAGAUGAAACCUUCCCUCUCUGUGUACUUUACAUUUCUUAUAUUUUUAUACGGCGCCACCUGUCACCAGCCAGCGAGUGCUAUUCCUCCCUCCGCGCCUUACCUCCACGUUAGUUAUCAUAGCUUUACACACGUGAGCCUCGGCGCCCUCUGACGUUUCCUCCAAGGCCCGUACGUUGUUAUAAAUUAUAAACGUUGACUUCCUCCCCUCGAGGCGGUGCACGCCCCACUCAUUACGCUUCUCCACACGCAAAGAUUUAACUCGCGUUAUUUUUUUUUUCGUAUAUACAAACUUGUCAGAAAGGCACUGAUAUUAUAUAUAUAUAUAUAUAUAUAUAUAUAUAUAUAUAUAUAUAUAUAUAUAUAUAUAUAUAUAUAUAUAUAUAUAUAUAUAUAUAUAUAUAUAUAUGAACUAACUCUCGACAGUGAUAAUUUGCCACCGUUUCAUUUGAAUAUUGUUUUUUUCUGCCUUAUCAAACACUGGUCAGGUGAGAGAGACUCACUGGGAAAGUUGUUCCCUCUGCCGCCUCUCACACGCAGGAGGAGGGACAAAGGGAGCCGCUGAGCUGCCCCGG